AUGGCCGUGAAUAGUCCGAGCGGUUACCCCCCGCUCUCCCCAAAACCCCUCACACCAAAGAGUCCACGCCAUUUCAUUUUCCCCCAGAAGAGUCCUUCGAUAACCUCCAGCACGUCUUCCUCGGGGUAUUACACACCUCAAUCUGGCUGCAGUUAUGAUAAGCACGCGCCCCCAAAGAGUCCACUAGCCCACGGGCACAGAAGUCCCAUGAGCCCGCGACACUUCAACUUCAAUCCUCAGAAAUCGCCGUCAGAACGCUCCAGUCCAUGCCACUUCGACAGAUCGGGCCUACAUUAUACCACAUCCCUCAAGCACCAUCGGCGUGAAAAGUCACGAUCGCCGAAACCACCUCCCGUGCACAUCCACACGAACCCAGGGUAUGUGUCCCCGAAUCGUAUGAGGAAACUAUACGGCUCGACUUCCACAGUUAGUUCGCCGCGCUUGGUGACUUCGCCCAGCAUUAUAUCCAGCCACACUGAUGACUCGACUGACGUGGCCAGGACUCCGUCAGCCACAAUGCAUGACGCUGAUGAUGAAGCGACUACGACGUCAUCGCGAGUCUGUCGCAAAUCGACGUCAGACCUCACAGACAUAACAGACGAUACACCUCAGACGAGGUCGACCAGCAUUAGUAGACCAUGCUCACCGAUGAGGAGGGGGUCAGUGAAAGGGGGGCUUGCGUAUCUGGCUAGCAGGAGAGGUUCUAGAGAAUCCACAAUAUCAAACUGCGAUUCCGUGGAGGAUAUUGGGCCGCUGAACUUUCAAAAUACAAUCCGGGGGCGUCAGAGGCGGACGUCGAAUUUCUUGGAGUUACCCGUGGUUGAACAUUCGCGGCCUCGUGUUUGCUCACUCCCGGAGAAGCCGUACAACCCCCGGAUCUCUGAUGACCUCUAUCGGCUGCGGACAUUCUCGAUCACCACCAAGGGGGGUGUCGUUAAUUGUGGCGACUCUAUUUGCAAUCGGCGGAGCCGGUCGAAUACUUCUGUCAAUUCCACUAAUAGCAGGGCUUCAGACAGAUCACCUUUCGAUGGUUCCUGCUGUUCUGGUUACAGACCGGUCGAUUCUGGAAGUCUGACCACGCCCGAUGAAGAUGAUUUAGAUCCGAUUCCAAAAUACCGCGUGGUGCUGUUAGGUGACGCAGGUGUUGGCAAGACAGCGCUGGUGUCUCAGUUUAUGACGUCAGAAUACAUGAAUACUUACGACGCUAGCUUAGAUGACGAAUUUGGCGAGAAGUCCGUUUCGGUGCUGUUAGAUGGUGAAGAAUCAGAGCUUAUAUUCAUUGAUCACCCGAGCACGGAGAUGUCGGUGGAAAACUGCUUAUCAACCUAUGAGCCUCACGCUUGCGUUGUGGUAUACUCUGUGGUAGCCAAGAGUUCUUUUACCAGAGCUGCUGAACUUCUAGCAUAUCUCGCUAGAGAACAAUUCACGUGUGACAGAACCGUGGUUUUGGUGGGAAACAAAGCAGAUCUCGCGCGGGCUAGACAAGUCACAACUAAUGAGGGCAAGGCCCUAGCGACAUCGCGUGAUUGCAAAUUUAUAGAAACGUCUUCUGGUAUUCAACAUAACGUUGAUGAGUUACUCGUCGGAAUUUUGAAGCAGAUUCGUCUCAAAGAAAGCAGAGAAAAGAAACAGGCUAAGAAACUUGGGAAGCAGGAGGCGAAACCAUCGAAACUCGCCAGCUCCCGAACCCACAUCUCUCUCAGCAUUGCAAGGGAACUCCUCCAAAAGAUAUGUAUUAACGAUAUCUCGAAAUCUAAGUCUUGCGAAAACCUUCACGUCUUGUAA